AUGAGCAAGAAAUCAACAAUAUAUUCACUUCUUUCAGAAGACAACACCCCGAAUGAGACACCGGUACAAUCACGGUCUAUUUCUGCUUCCCCACGUAGCUCAGCAAGCUUUUUUGACCCUGUAAAAAGCGUUUCAAGUGCAAAUGAAGGCGGAAAGCGACGUGCAAAAUUGUCAUUGAGCGAAAUAAUGAAUAGCAGCACGAAUGAUGGUGCAAGAAGCCCAAAUGAGGAAGCUGGUGCUGCGUCCGGAGUGAUCAGAAAUGUCAGUACUGCAAGUGAUGCUGCUGCAAGUGGUGGUGACACUGAUAACAAGAUCAUACUGGGAGGACAAGUAUUGAAUGAGCCAAAAAGUGCCAGCAGUGAAAGUAAGGCCGGCAAAGACGGCAAGAGUAAUACUCCGUCGAUAAAGGUGACGCGGAAUCUAAAGAGCCCGCGUAAAGUACGCAAGAUAAUGCCUAUGAUCAAGAAAAACGGGACAGGCAAGCUUACAUUGGGAGCUAAUGGAAUCGGCACAUCGGGAAGCCUAAUUAGGCAAGGAUCCGGGAUGGAAGGGUCAGAAACGGAUAUUCCAGAUGGUGAAUCUGGGGAGGGGGCCGGCCAGAAGGAUCCACAGCUACCAAUAAUAAGCAUUGAUGUGCCUGUUGCACCACCUGGCGUGAAAACUACCGACCAACAGAUCACAUACAAUGUGGCCAGUCUGUGUGAGGAUAAAUAUGGAUUCAAUGCACUGAACUCGAACAGCAGGCUUCCUGUGGACCUUGACGAUGAUCUGGAUGAUGAAAUGGAUGAGGAUGAUGAUGAUGUGGCCAAUAACAGUGCAGUAAGUGGGCAUAAUGAUGCAGUAAGCGGAUCUUUGGCAGGUGUGGGAGUGGUGAAUGCAGAUGAAGAGCAUGAUGAUGCAGCAGACAUUGUGAAUCGGCUACAUCUUAAAUUCACGCCUGAAAUGACAGAUGAGGAAAAAGAGGAGAUGGUUUUAAAGGAGUUGCACAGAAGGCGGAUGGAAGACAACAAGCGUAUUGGCAAGUAUGACAUUGAUGAUCCGUUUAUUGAUGAUGAGGAGCUUCAGUUUGAGGAGCAGACUAAAAAUAACAAGGGCGGCUUUUUUGUUUAUCAUGGGGAGUGGACAGACUCAGAUCAGACGAAUAACAGAAGAAGAGGCGGAAAUUCGUCAAAGCGGAGAUCGCAAACGUCAAGAAAUGCGAAAAGAAGGAGAACUUCACCUAGUUCGAGAAGCCAUACGCAGAGAGGCCAUGCUGGACAUAGCCAAUCGAGUCGGCAUUCGAGUCACGGGCAUUCUUCGAAUCACAGCUCGAGAUCUCACUCUGUAGCAGCUGGAAAAACUCAGGGUACGGUGAAAAUUGCGCCAAGAGUCGUUCCUCAGUCUCAUUCAUCAAAAUCAAAGCCUCACAAUUCGACAAAGACUAAUGAACCAAAAGCAAUUGUCGUUGGGACGAAGAAGCCAGUUAUUGCAUCUUCGUCUACCAGCAACAACAAAAUCAUCAUAGGCUCGUUUCCGAUUGGCCCAUAA